CAGAAUUAGGGUUUCAGAGAGAGUGAAAAGCAAGUUCGUCACUUCGUCCACCGUCGAAGCUCUGUAGCUGAAGGAGAAACUAGACGUCGAAGAUGGUGAAAGGAAGACAAGGAGAGAGGGUCCGACUCUACGUCAGGGGAACAAUUCUCGGCUACAAGAGGUCGAAGUCGAACCAGUACCCAAACACUUCUUUACUCCAGAUCGAGGGUGUUAAUUCCAAGGAUGAGGUUUCCUGGUACCAAGGUAAGCGCUUGGCAUACAUCUACAAGGCUAAAGUGAAGAAGAACGGAUCCCACUAUCGUUGCAUCUGGGGCAAGGUUGCUAGGGCUCAUGGUAACAGUGGCAUCGUUAGAGCGAAGUUCAAGUCUAACCUACCACCGAAGUCCAUGGGUGACAGAGUCAGAGUGUUCAUGUAUCCCAGCAACAUUUAAGCAAUGCCUUGCCUAGUUGAAACGAGUGGGUGGGUGUUACAUGAAGGGAUUUAUAUUUUUGUUACAUUUUGUGAGCUAAGAUAGAACCAUUUUCUGUUUCUGAACUGAGUCAUUUUUGCUAUUUAGGCAAUGGUCAUGUAGUUGAACGAGUUUUAAAACCAUUCGUUAUUAACAUUUUCAUGUGUCAAAGUGAUCAAGUGUUUCACUCUUCUCAAGUGGGUUUCCCGUAUACAAACCCUCGUCGUACUUGCGGUCUAAGUUAUUAUGAAGUUGGGGCUAAUGUUCUUAU